CAUAAAACAAAGUGAGAAAAAGCUGAGAGAAUCUUGAAUGUAUUCAUAGACACAAAGCAUGUGCAUGGUGUAUGUAUGCAUGUACGUUUGUAUUUAUGUAUAUACUAGGUAGCCUAAUACCAGGUACACACGAGGAUGCACUCUGUCUACGAUGCGAACUUAGCAAAUUCUCAUCGAAGAAAGCUAGUUGAAAGCUAGUUGCUGAUAUAAUUCUAGUACGAGAUUAUAUUCUCGAAACGCACUUUCACACGUAGAAAACACACACACACACACACACGCAUAUUUAUGGGAUCAAACAUCUGAUUGUGCUUACAUAGAUGUUCAUAAGGUUGGGUAGAGACAGAAUUUAGUGCAAUACACUGUGGAGACAAUAGAGCUAAACACCACACUCCACAGAACACACCAAUAUGAGUCUGGAGUUGAACUGGGAGCUUCUUACAAAAGAGCAUUCGAAACUGGCAAAAGAUUUUCUAAAUGAGAAGCUGAAAACAAGUCUACCCGCCUCUGGAAUCGCGGGGCUCGGCAAUGUAGUCAUACACGAUCUGGAUUUAGGGGAUCGAGCGCCCAUUGUGGAGCUGAUUGACAUUUCAGACCCAUUCGAUGGUAUGGCCAAUCCAGAGCUAUAUGAGGACAAGGUAUAAGGAGAAUGAAGACUUCGACGAGAGACAAUACUAUCGCGAAGACGCUGCGCGCCUCACUACCGUUGCAAGCGGCCCGGACUGUGUGCAGGUACGUGUGCGUGUAGCCUACCAGGGCAGUGCUGUGCUGCGAGUGUCGGCUGAUGUCCAGGUGAACACUCCGUCUCCAGCCUUCGUGUCUCUGCCAUUCGAACUAACCACCCGCGCACUACACAUUGACGCUGAGAUUAUCGCAUAUGUGCGUGAAAACAAGGACAUCCGCAUCUCGCUGCUGCAUUCCAUUAAGCACAGCAGUCCCCUGGUAGAUGUUAGCUUUGACGCUAAUCUCGGCGACGAAAACCAAUCCGUGCUGCGAAACGUCGAGAAGAUACAGAAUUUCAUCGUAGUUGCUACACGUACUUUAAUGGCAAAAUAUCUGAUGUACCCACGAAGCCUGGUAUUCCCGUUUACAUUCGAUAGUAUGACAGAGCCUUCCGCAGGGGCAGAAGGUUGACAGAGUUCCACAUAAAACACUAAUAAACAUUCGAGGUACUGCACCUUACUUUGAUAGCAAUACGCGUGUUGCUGGUUAAUCACAUAGCGCACUCGCACGACCUGGUAUCCCCAUCACGUUCAGAGCAUAACACGAUCAAAGGCUAGCGGCCGAGUAUGUUAAAAGCGUAUCAGGUGUUGGCUUCUACAGCUUCUUCCUAUAUAUUUAGCCAGGAUUAGGUUAAAAAAAAUAGCCACCGAACUAUGUCGUUGUGGCCACACUUUCGAAAAUUCAAGUUUAGAGCGCUCUCAAUCAGCAUCAGCCUUCCAGUCAUGUUGGAGAGAGGCAUUGCAAUGGUCAGGAGAAUGUUCCACAGCUCUGGGUGUAUAAGCUGUGAAUCAAUCUCUCCCAGUCUGAACAGAAUUCUUCGAUGUGGCAGCCACACGCACG